UCCCUGAGGCAGAGCCGCAUAGGUUCCUGUCUUUGACUCGGCCCUUGUUUUGCUCUUGGCCACUGCCAUUGCCGAAUUAUUAACUUCAAAUUCACAACAAACCUCCCAAAAACAAACAAACAAACAACAACAAAAACCAUCCUUGAGAGUGUUCAUUCCCAGCCCCUCAAUCUUCCUAAACCCUAAAAUUUACCCCCCCCCAACUAAAUCCCAUUUCUUUUUUCCUUCCCAUUUCGGUCAUUCAUGGUUAUCCCCAAAAUCAUUCCCCCACCUCUCUAAUUUGUAUGCCAUGGACCAUCAACUGCAUGAUCGUUCGUCAAUUCUAGCCCAGAAAACCUCGAAUUCCUACGAUCUCAUAAACCAUUCCUCGGUAUGGCUCGAAAUCCGUCUCUUUUAUGUUCGAAUUGCGCCCUGCGUGGUCGACAACGUUCCCGACCACCUAACGCUCUGCCACCUCCGCCGCGAAAUCGGUGUCUCUCUCGAAAUCAAUGGCUCUCGUGUCCCGGCUUCUGAUUCGGCCGUCCUUACCCUUCGCUGCGACCGUCUCAACCGGGAAUCAUCCGAGGUCACUUAUUUAAGCACCGAUAGCGUCCGUGUCACGGGAGGGUUUGAAUUCGAGGCUUACGAGGAUGAAAAGAAGGUAUUGUUGUGUGGCUCGUUGGAAAGGAUGGAAGGAGAGUGGAGCAUGGACUGUUAUCUGGCGGCAGCGGCUAAGGAACCUGGAAAUUCAGCUUUUUUUAAGCCCAAGAUGGGUGUUUCAGCCCCGAGUAUUGAAGUUUAUAUUGCCGGGUGUUGUGCUGGCACGCCCGUGAUAUUGACCAAGACAAUACUUGGGAGCCCUAAGAGGAAAGGAGCAUCGAGGCUUAAAUGGAUGUUGGAUGCAAUUCCUGAGAACGAGGAAUUCGGGAAAGGGAAUGAUAAGGGUGGCAAUGGGUUUAUCAGACACCGGAAAUUGCAGGUUACAGAUGCCGAAGUCGAAGAUUAUGACUCUGAUGGUAAAAUUGGACUUAGUCACUAUGCUGAAGAAAUGUAUGCUGGCGAAGAUGGCCAACUUUCAUGGUUUAACGCCGGUGUUAGAGUUGGUGUUGGAAUUGGCCUCGGAGUGUGCCUUGGGGUUGGAGUCGGAGUUGGACUGCUUAUGCGAUCAUAUCAAGCAACUACCCGGAAUAUCAGGAGGAGGAUGAACCUCGCCUCCAACUCCACGACGUCGCCUAUGCUCAGAUCCUCUUCCGGAAUGCGUCACCGUGACAACCCUACGCCUCUCCCUUUGGUUAUUUCCCUCAACUGCAUCGAAGAUUGCGCCCUCGAGCAAGAAUUCUUAGCCGGCGUCGCAGUGGUCCACCACGUCCCUCUCAGCAGCUUAGGCGAAGGUAAGAUCGAGGGGGCCGCCGCCGUUCUUCUCCACUCCCUUUCCUACCUCCCUCGAGCUGCCCAGCGUCGCCUCCGUCCUUACCAGCUCAUCCUCUGCCUCGGCUCCUCUGACCGCGCCGUCGACUCCGCCUUAGCCGCUGACCUCGGACUACGUCUUGUCCAUGUCGACGCCUCGCGAGCUGAGGAGAUCGCAGACACUGUCAUGGCGCUGUUUCUGGGCUUGCUCCGUCGCACGCACCUGCUCUCUCGCCACGCGCUUUCGGCUUCCGGUUGGCUUGGAUCAGUUCAGCCGCUUUGUCGGGGAAUGAGGCGGUGCCGAGGACUAGUGUUGGGAAUUGUUGGUAGAUCUGCAUCGGCCCGAUCUCUGGCCUCUAGAAGCUUAGCCUUCAAAAUGAGUGUGCUGUAUUAUGAUAUUGUGGAGGAAAAUGGAAAAGUAAGUAGGUCGUCUAUAACAUUCCCACCAGCUGCCCGUAGAAUGGAUACACUUAAUGAUUUACUAGCUGCAAGUGACCUUAUAUCACUUCAUUGCGCUUUAACAGAUGAAACCAUUCAGAUUAUAAAUGCUGAAUGUUUGCAGCAUAUAAAACCUGGGGCUUUUCUUGUAAAUACGGGUAGCAGCCAGCUCUUGGAUGAUUGUGCAUUGAAGCAGCUUCUCAUUGAUGGCACUUUAGCUGGUUGUGCACUGGAUGGAGCUGAAGGACCACAGUGGAUGGAAGCGUGGGUGAAGGAGAUGCCCAAUGUAUUGAUACUUCCUCGAAGUGCUGAUUAUAGUGAAGAAGUGUGGAUGGAGAUUAGGGAGAAGGCUAUCUCUAUGUUGCAAACAUUCUUUUGUGAUGGGGUUAUUCCAAAGGAUGCUACUUCUGAUGAGGAUGAGGAAGAAAGUGAAAUAGUUGAUGAAAAAGAACAGUUUAGCAUACAAGAGAAAGAAAGUGCUUUGCGGGGAUCCAGUGGUGAACAAUUUACUGAUGAUAUUCAACUUAGUCCUGAAAGUUCCCUUAAAAAGGAUACCAACCAAGCUAAGGAUUAUCCUAAUCAGAAUCAGCAUUCUGGUAUGUCUUCUGGUACUCCAACUAAAUCAGAUGCUAAACGCAGCAGAUCAGGUAAAAAAGCCAAAAAGAGGCAUGCCCGCCGAAAUAACCUACAAAAAUCGGAUGAGCCCUUAAUAUUAGAGAAAGAAAGUACUUCACAAAGAGAAGAUGACACUGCUAUGAGUGGCACAGAUCAAGCAUUAAGUUCUGGUUCUCGUUCUCCCUUAGACUCAAGAAGUAGGAAAACACCUAAAGAAUUAACACAAGGGUCAACUUCUGACCAACUUCUUAAGAUGAGCAGGAACCUAAGUGGACAGUCUGGGGAUUUGCUGAAGGAGGGAUAUGUUAUAGCUAUGUAUGCAAGAGAUCGACCUGCACUCCACCUGUCCAGACAAAGAGUUAAAGGUGGUGGUUGGUUCCUAGAUAGCAUGUCAAAUGUAACUAAAAGAGAUCCUGCAGCCCAGUUCCUUGUUGUCUGCAGAAGCAAGGACACAAUUGGUCUGCGUUCUUUUGCUGCUGGUGGGAAGUUGCUGCAGAUUAAUAGAAGAAUGGAAUUUGUAUUUGCGAGUCACAGUUUUGAUAUUUGGGAAAGUUGGACAUUGCAAGGUCCGUUGGAGGAAUGUAGGCUGGUCAAUUGCAGAAAUCCUUCGGCAAUUUUGGAUGUACGCAUAGAGAUUCUGGCAGCUGUAGGGGAGGAUGAUGGGGUAACUCGGUGGCUUGAUUAGGUUGUCAACGGAUUUAGCGGCUAACUUUUCUAUAGCCUACUUUUAUUUUUUAUUUUAAAAUUCUUCCGAGUUUGUAUUUCCAAAUGAAAUCGCCAGAACGGUUUGUAAAUAUUUCUUUACUAAUUUUUGUUUGUUCUUUA